AUGAAUGAAAAUCGGCGAGCCCCUCCUAACAUGCCCACCACGACGAUUAAAAUCCCCAUCAGCCUGCCACCGCAGCUCCCCUCUCCCCCAUCAUGCUCAUCAACACCCUCGCCACCACCCUCUGUUGUUGGCGACGGCCGAUCCAGAUGUGAUCAUUGUAGGUUUCCCUCCACAGAUGUUUCGCAGGAUGCCAUUAAUGGACUGGUAAUUUGGAAAUCACCUUCUGAUAAACAGGAUAAAUGGAAUGAGCCGCUCUCCCAAUCUUUUGCGCUGAAAAGGGACAAAUUUUUGUGCAUUGUUAAUGGGCGAAUAAGAAAAAAGCUUUAUUGUCUUUUGUGCGGUGAAGAAAAGCCCGUACCCUCGUAUGAGAUUAUUGGCAUCGAUCAAGGAGGUGCCGAUGAGAAAUGGAGAUUACUUUCCAUCAAGUUUUUGUCAAAGCUCAAUUCAGAGGGCGGCACUCUUAAAGGUACCCUUGAGGUUUUGAUUGAAUUUUGCAAGAUUUUCUUGGGGCAACCUCUUCAUCAGAAGGAGACGAAUACGGGAUCCUCGCUUGAGGUUCUGCGAGGGCCGUUGCUCAAUCUUUUGCUGCACUGCAGAAGGAUUUCAUUGUCUAAUUAUUACCAGACGUUCUUUCAAAAACAGAAAAACAGGUCGUACAUCCCCUUUUUGCUUGACGCCAAUGCAAGUUUUGAAGAGUUGUCGAUCCUCCUUUUUACUUUUGGUCCAUCAUCAAGCCAGUACAAAUAUUGCUUCAAACCGGGCGAUGCUCCUUCCGAAUUGCCUCAAAUCGACGCUUUAUUGUUGAACCUGAAUGUGUCUGCCCCGCUCUUUAUCCGCUCAUUGAUAGCUUUUCGUAUCAAGAGCAUGCUAAGCACGCUAUAUCGCCAACUACAUUUGCUCGGCGAUACGCAGCAAAGUUCGUUUCUUCCCAAUGUUUGCUGGGAUCUCGAUUGCACACGCGAGCCUAGUUAUAUUUCGGGCACUCUUUUUGAGUUUGGCCCUCGUUUGGAUCAUCAUCUGCUCACGGUGGCCAUCAAAGUUUGCCCCUUCACUGGGCAUUUUCUUCUGCUGCCAGAAAGUUCUACGAAUUCGUUUUUUUGUGCGAGCAAAAGCGAGAACUUUUCCGAUGUCGCCUCCGAUGUUUACAAGGCCAUUUAUUGUUUGUUACCAAAAAAGACCUAUCCAGACCUUCUGCUUGGCCCUUUACUUGAGCUGAGGCAAGAGCCUACCCUGCAGCAUCCGUUUAUUUCGGUCCACAAACAAGAGGGGUCGCCAAAUAUUUUGUGGCCCUCAAAAGAGACCAUGCUACCGUUGAUAAGUUUGCUUAAUGAACCACCCCCACAUCCUGUAUAUAUUUUUAUCUCUCCAAGCCAUUCUUACGUGAUAAAGGUGACGUUUGUUGCCCAAUUUUUACAUGUCAAUUUGCAGGUAAUUACUUCGAAAAGUUCAUCUUCGGAGCGGUCUACUAAUGAGAUCUUUUCGUUUUCUCCGGUCGAUUUUUUCCCGUUUAUUCGCCUCAUCUCGGUAAAGAAAAUGAUGCACAAAGCAUUUUCGGACUUUACUGGCGACACUGCGCCCUGCUCCAUUGAGCUUUCCAAAAACGAAGGCACCGCCUUCGUUUUUGACGCGUCGUUUUCGUUUUCCAUCCCAACUGGCAGCAAGGAGAGCUCAAAAAGCCUCCACUGCAAACUGGAGACUGUUAUUUCACCGAGCAUUAACGACAACAGUUACAAAUCAAUUUUCCCUUGCGGCUCUUAUUCCGCCGAAUCUUUUGAAGGCUUGUCUCGAAUUCUAUUUCAGUGGUGUUCCCAGGCAUAUCUUUCCAUACUGGCGCUGGAGCUUUCCGCGCUUGGAUUUGUGCAUAUCGAAGUCUCGUGGAAAGGCCAUAGUAACCCGACAAUUAUUUUCCCACUUUGGCAUGCAAAUGAGUAUAUUGACCACAUGAUACCGCCUGAAUAUACCCCCACCCCCAAAAUUGCCCUUUCCAUCAUUCCAGACGCGGCGGCUUUGAAGUGGAGAUGGCCAUCUCCGCAGCAUCUUUUAUCGUUUGCAACUUUUGAAAUUGACGGCCACUGCUUUGAUAAGGCGCAUGUACUUCGGUUGACAAAAUGGUACUUCUCUAGAAGGCUUUCCAUAAUAAGCACAAUCAAAGUGAGGAUUCCGGCUUGCUUACUUACGUUAGUACUUGCGUCUGCUUGUGUACACGCCUUUACUUUAGGUUCGUUGCCCCGUCUUAAUGCCUCUGUUUUUUUCCAAGAUGCCGGGCUUUACAGGCCGCAUCUAAAAUCGGCACAUCCAAUACUGCAGGAGGUUCGUCCUUUUGAAUGCGAAAUAUUUCGAAACGGCUUCGAUCCCGGUAUGGACAAUAGAGCCUCCGUCUCUGCAAAUGCUCCUGGUAUUCCUUCCCCUCCAGCUCCUACUUCGUCAUGGAAUAGCUUUUUUGGAAAGCUUAUUCGGGCAAUCCACAACCACUGGCCGCAAUAUUGCCUUGCUCCUGAUGCCGGCGGUGGAAUUGGAAUUGAAUUGGGCCUUGUUCUGUUGCCACACAUCAUCAAGCCUUGCCCUCCCCAGGCGCUGAGUGAGGCGACCAAAGACGCCGAUAAGAAGCUGUCACCACUUUUACCUGCCCCCUCUGUCAUCAAAACUAUAUCGUAUGUAAAUAUUUAUUCCUCCUCAGACGAGCUUAUUGUUCUUCUACACGCGUGGAAAAUAACCCUGAUUCCGUGGGCUCAUGGUGAUCCUCGGUUGGACCUUCCAUUUAUCAAAAGCAUCAUUGAGCCCUCAAAUCUUCCUCAGGCAUCGCUGUAUUCGGCUGAGGAAUUUCAAAUUGUCUUUAAAAUCUUAUCUUUUGCCCUUGCACCGUUUUCAAAUGCAUUCUUUCCAAUAUCAGAGGGCAAAGGCUCUUUGAAAAUGACAAUGAUUGACACCGAAAAGCUCGAAAUGCUGCUGAUGAUCUUUAAAAUUUUGCUUUUACCUCCCGUUGUAUUAAAAGAUGCAAUUAGGCUUUUUUCGCUGAGCGGCAUGAACGGCAUCAUUGAAAGCGGAUUGUCGCUUAUUUCUGCCACGGCUGCACUGGCAAAUGCAUGCAAAAUGACCUUGGUUUUGUCACCUGCGGAUUCGUUGAAAAUUUUCCCCGCAGAAGGAUUGAUCCAUUUCCAAGUUAAAACGCCCCACCCAACGCUAACUGUGUAG